AUGGCAGGCAAAAAAGCUGACACGAAGAAAGGGAAAGAUGCGGGGAGAGGGAAGAAGAGCAAAAAGGAACCCAGCGACUCCGAGGAGGCAUCGGAAGCCGAGGUGGGCAAGACCACCGCGGAGGAGAGUGAAAGGGACAGCGAGAUAGUGGAGGAGGAGAGCGAAGAUGACCCUAAGAAGAAGAAAGGGAAAGACAAGAAGGGCGGGAAGAAGCAGCUCAAGGGCGCCUCGAAGCUGGUGAUGGGCCUGGCCACUGACGAUGCCAAGAAGAAGAAAGGGGCCAAGAAGGAGCAUGCCAAAGCCCAACUGAAAGGCGCCACCAAGGCGAUGGCCAUAGCCAAGAAGGAGCCGCCGCCGCCCAAAAAGAAAAGGAGCCUGAAGAGCACGUCCAAGCUCUUCAUGGGCUUGAAAAGCCUGCAGCUCAAGCGGCCGAAGAAGAGCCAGUUCAAAAACACCUCGCGCUUCUUCUGGGGCCUGAAGAAAUCCAGCACGAAGCAGAAGCAGAAGCAGAAGAAGAACAAGGCGGUCCUCAAGUCCACCUCCAAACUCAUGAUGCGCUUCAAAGGGAUGGGGAAGGGCAAGAAGAAGAAAGAAGAGCCCAGCGCUGAAGGUACUAAGAAGCCGGCCUUCAUGCUGAUAAGGCUGGGUGGGAAACCCAAGGAUAAGGCCAAAGGGGGCGGGCUCUUCGGCAACCUGUUACAGAGGGCGAAGCCAAAUGAGAAGUUCAAGACCCGGGCCCAGAUUGUCAGCAAAGUCGCUGCUGCCACCAGCUGGCUGACCAGGAAAUUCCUGGCCAAGCGUGGCAGGUACAUGUACGAUGAACGAGUCGCAAACGAGGCCUGGCUUUCGAGGAUCGGGGCCAAGAAGCUCCCUUUCCCCUCAGAGGCUGAGGUCUUGAGGCACCGGGCUAAUAUGAGGAGGCUGCCUGAAGCAAAAGCGCUCUAUGGCCAAACCGAGGAAGAAUUUGGCUACUGGGACAACUUAGACGGCCCCUUGCCACAACUGCACUACGAUAACUAUCGAGAGGAUGGCUACAUGGAACCGCAGUCCACUUCUCAAUACGACUACUCUAACUAUGAUACUGAGUGUUAUGACGGGUACCCAGAUGAGGAAUAUGGGCCGUAUGAAGAACCGGUAGAGGACUAUAACCAUCUGCCGCAAGACCAGUAUGGUUAUCCCACAGAGGAUGACCAAGAAUACGAGCCUACCACUAGUUAUUCACCCUAUGAGCCUUAUGAUAACUAUGCCGAUUAUGAAGAGCCAAUAGGGCUGAAUGACCAAUAUGCCUCCCCUGAAGACCCCUAUUACUCAGGGGCAGAAGAAACAGAAUACCCCGAUGACUAUCCUCUUAAUGAAAUGGGCUAUGGUGAGAAUGAAUGGCCUCCACAGUCUUCGUACAAUCCUUAUGCCUACCCAUUGGACGAUAUUGUGGAGGAGGCUGAGGAGGAGCGAAGAGGCUACCUCUCUGAUUUAUCUAACUUUUCAUUUUUUAAACAGCAAGGGACGGGAGAUAAUUUUUCUCCUAAGCUGUCUUUGAACCGGAAGUUCCGGCUCUUCCCGCGCCCCCAGGUGAAGCUCUUUGGUAUUGACAAACUGGAUGUCCCCCUUCCUCCCUCGCCACAGUUUUCCGUCGGCAGUUUGGAUCAAGACGAGGAGAACUAUGAGGAAUCUGAACCCCUGACCUCUCCUUUCGCCCAGUUCGGUGAUCAGAACGUGGUACCUUCCAAGUUGCCAAAGAUCUCAAAGCUUUUGGAGGGCUGUUUCGGUGGUGGCCUUCCAAGGUCUGUUACCCCCAAACCAACUGCAAGGAAUUUGGGCCCAAGUGAACAGAAAUGCACCUGUAAAGCAAGCUCAUUUCCAAACGUCUCCCCAAGAGAAUGUGGAAGCCCUUUGGGGCAAUUCCUACAGAAAUCCCUCACACAACCAAAACCCAUACUAAAGCACCGGGGGACCAGGGAGCAGAACAGAUCCCCAACGCCAUCGCCAAUGAAGAAAGUUCUUUCAAUGUUUAGUGGCAGCCGAUCCACGGGGCAGUCUCUUCAGACUCGGCAAGGAACCCGUCGGGUCACCAUCGUAGACUCUCCAGUUGACUCACCUGCUCGGGCCCAGUCUCUUGCCGAUGUCAGUGGGCAGGCAGCGGAGCAGUGGCUGCCACAGCAGAGCUCGCCAAAGGACUUCAUCAAGCGCAUUGGUCAGCCUCUAGCUGGGAUGGCAGAGAUUGCUUCUUCCAUCAGACGUUCCCCUGCAGGAAGUACGGGCGACACGGGGAAAGGGAGCACAUAUUCAGCAAAGUUCAGUCACGAUCCAGGGUCACCACCAGCUUGCUCCAUGCACCCACAUUCUCACAACCCUCCUUCUCCUGGAUCAUCACCGAAGCAAGCGGCAGAGGUCCGCCGUUCUCAGCCACCCAGUCUGAAACAGGAAGCCUUGGGGGGCAAUUUGAGCUACCCCGUUGCUGGGAGCAACCCCGGCACCCUGAGGGGGAGGCCCAAUUCCAGCCCCGUGACCCAAAGAUCGCCUCUGUUCCAAGCCAAAGGAAGGGGACGCCUGGCUUUUCAAGACCAGUACAACACACCCAGAAGGCCAGGGCCUCCUCAUUCGCUUGCUGGGCUGCUCGGAAACGAAACCGAUGAUGGUACGGGGAGAUACGCGGUCGUAAUGCCACAGAUGCAGCGGAUAGGCUCUUCUUUAAGGAGGAACACUCAUAUGCAGAAACAACCUUGGUCCGACUAUCAUACUGCACCCGUCCACGAGAUGCCAAAUAAGCGGGCCUCGGAGAAACUGUACCGCCAGCCUUCUGUGGAGGAAUUUAGCCAGCAGGCACCCAAACUGGGAAGCGGUGUGGCAUGGUACCUGACACGCGGGACAAAGUUGGCGGACACUGGGCCAAACACAGGUUGGCAGUGUAAGAUGCAGACCGUCCACAACUUGCAAGCCGGGAGCUUUGCAGUACCUCAGGCGGACAAAGGCGUGGAGGAUAUGACCCAGCUGGAGGAACUCCACCAGGGGAUAGUCCUUCAAAACAUCAGAAAGAGGUUCGAGCGGGGGCUGAUUUACACUUAUAUAGGCAGCAUCUUAGUGUCGGUGAACCCCUACAAAAUGUACAACAUCUACGGGACGGACCAGGUGCUGCUGUAUGAGGGGAAAGCCCUGGGAGAGAAUCCGCCCCACCUUUUUGCGAUUGUGAACAUUGCCGUCAGCAAGCUGAGAGAUGCCAAAAUCAAUCAAUGCAUUAUUAUCAGUGGCGAGAGCGGAUCAGGGAAGACCGAAGCCACCAAACUGAUCCUCCGUUACCUGGCUGCGAUAAACCGGAAGUAUACUGCGACCCAGCAGAUAGAGAUCCUGGAAGCGACUCCUCUGCUGGAAUCCUUCGGGAAUGCCAAGACCGUGCGGAACGACAAUUCCAGCAGGUUUGGGAAAUUUGUGGAGAUCUUUCUGGAGGGCAAGCUCAUCUGUGGUGCCAUAACCUCGCAGUACCUUCUGGAGAAGUCCAGGGUGGUCUUUCAGGCCAAUAACGAACGGAAUUACCAUAUCUUUUAUGAGAUGCUGGCCGGCCUUCCUGGUCAUCAGAAGCGCAAAUUCUUCCUCCAAGAGGCCGAGACGUAUUUUUACCUGAACCAGGGAGGGAACUGUGAGAUUCCCGGCAAGGCGGACGCGGAGGAUUUCCACAGGAUGCUGACGUCCAUGGAGGCCCUGCACUUCACCCUCGACGACCAGAACAGUAUCUUCCGGAUUCUCUCUUCCAUCCUCCACCUGGGGAACGUCUAUUUUGAAAAAUACGAGAUCGAUUACCAGGAGGUGGCUUCCGUCGUGAGCGCCAGGGAGAUCCGGGUCGUGGCCGAGCUCUUGCAGAUCUCCCCAGAAUGUCUGCAGAAGGCGGUUACCUUCAAAGUGACGGAAACCCUGAGGGAAAAGAUCCUCACCCCCCUCACGGUCGACAGCGCCAUGGAUGCCAGAGAUGCCAUCGCCAAGAUUCUCUACUCCCUGCUGUUCAACUGGAUCACGGAGAGGAUUAACCGGCGCAUCUAUCCCAAGCAGAAGGCCCUGUCCAUCGCCAUCUUGGACAUCUACGGCUUCGAGGAUUUGGGCUUCAACAGUUUCGAGCAACUGUGCAUCAAUUAUGCCAAUGAAUACAUCCAGUUCUUCUUCAACAAGAUUGUCUUCAAGGAGGAACAGGAGGAGUACAUCCGGGAGCAGAUCGAAUGGAGGGAAAUCCCGUUCAACGACAACCAGCCAUGCAUCGACCUCAUCGCCCAGAAGCCUUAUGGGAUUUUGAGGAUCCUGGAUGAUCAAAGCAGCUUCCCUCAGGCGACGGACCACACCUUUCUCCAGAAGUGUCACUACCACCAUGGUUGCAACGAGCUGUACUCCAAGCCGAAGAUGCCGCUGCCGGAGUUCACCAUUAAGCAUUACGCGGGGAAAGUCACCUACCAGGUGCACAAAUUCUUGGAUAAAAAUUACGACCAAGUACGUCAAGACGUCCUGGAACUUUUUGUCAACAGUAAGGUCAAAUUGGUAGCUAACCUGUUCUUCAGCCAUGCUCAGCUGGUGGCCCAGCAGAAAACCAUGAUGGGGAUGAGCAGCUCCAGCAAACGGAAGUACAAACCCCCAACCAUUUCCUUCAGAUUCCAGCAGUCACUCUUGGAGCUUGUGGAGAAAAUGGAAAGAUGUAACCCUUUCUUUGUCCGCUGCAUCAAGCCCAACAAUAAAAAGAAGCCGGGCCUCUUUGAGGAGGACGUAGUCGGCGCCCAACUGAAGUACUCAGGGAUUCUGGAGACCAUCCGUAUCCGCAAAGAAGGUUUCCCCGUCCGUAUCCCUUUCAGGAUCUUCACAGAGAGGUACCGCUGCCUCGUUGAUCUCCGUCCUGACUCCUUGCCCGAGGGGAUGUACUGUGUCAAAGUGCUAACCAAACUGUGCCCGGUCACCCGCGAUAUGUACUGCAUUGGAGCGACCAAGCUCUUCAUGAAGGAGAGCGUCUACCAGCAACUGGAGAGCCGGCGUGAGCGGAUGGUGCAAAUGGCAGUGCUGACCCUCCAGCGGUACACGCGGGGCUUCCUAAUCAAGAAGCGCUUCUACGCCCUCCGCCACAAGAUCAUUCUCAUCCAGGCCCGGUCCCGCGGGUUCCUGGCCAGGCAAAAAUACUCACGCCUGAGAGGGACCAUCAUCAAGUUCAGGUGCCUCGUGCGCAUCUACGUGAAUCGCAAGCGGUACCUCAAGGAAAUGUCCCCCCGAGAGGUGAUGAAAGUUUCGACCUUGGAAGUCCCUGCCGAACUGGUUGGUCUCCUCAACACCGUGGCGGGUACACAGGUGAACGAAGACUGCAUCGUCCCCGUGGCCCCUCCCAAGAUGCAAGCGGAUUCCCAGCUCACUCUACCCCUCGACAUCAACAAUUACCCGAUGUCCAAGUAUGUGCGGACCCAUUUCAAGGAACCGGUCUUUGGUAUGCUCACCAAGAUCCUGGCAUCACCUCUGACCCACUUGGACGACUGGCUGGGGGCGGAGGCAGUUACUCUCUUCAAGCUGGUUCUCCGCUUCAUGGGUGACCCCCACCUCAACGGCACUCAAGAGAGCCUCUUCGGGAACUACAUUGUGCAGAAGGGGCUGUCGACGGCUGGCCUGCGGGACGAGAUCCUGGCCCAGAUCAUCAACCAGGUCUGGCGGAACACCAACAUCCACAACGAGGAACGGGGUUGGCUCUUGCUGGCCGUCUGCCUCAGCGCCUUCACACCCUCCCCCAGCCUGGAGAAGCCGUUGCUGAAGUUUGUUUCGGACUACGCCUACGACGGCUACAAACCCGUUUGCCAGCACAAGCUCAUGCAAGCCAUGGAGAAGACCCAACACGGCGCCGAGGCAGCCCGCUCAUAUCCGCCCACCCUGCUGGAGUGGACGGCCUGCCGCGGUAAAGUCAACAUGGCCCUGGACGUCUACUGUUUCAAUGGAGAUCACUUUUUGUGUCCCAUCAAUUCCUGGACCACAGGAGAAGGCCUGGCUGGAAACGUACUGCAACACAGGGGACUGAUGGACGGCUGGCGAGGCUGGUCUGUCACAAUGAAGGACGGGGCCCAGUGGGCCGAGCUGGCUGGCCACGACUACGUCCUGGACCUGAUCUCCGACCUGGAGCUGAUCAGGGGUUUCCCGAAGCAGAAGUCGUAUUUCAUCGUCGCCUCGGAAGGUCCAGAAAAGACUGUCGGUGGCAAAGUAGUAUUCAGACACGGUUUGGACUCGGAUGGGGAGGUCCCUCCGCCGCCACCUACAAAGGCCCCCACCAUGGCCCCCACCAACCUGCCUGACUCCGAGGGAUACUGCAGUCAUGAUUCGGACACCUUCAGUGAGUCCCGGAGCCAGAAGGGUUUGGACCGUUACCUGGACAGCCUUUUUGACCCAGUCCUCUCCUAUGGGAAUGGGGAUUUAGAGAAGUCAGCGGCCAUUACCUACAGGAUGAAAGGCGGAGGCGGCGUGGGAGGAGGCCACGGCGACAACAGACAGAGUCGUGGUGACGGGAGGUCUCCUGAGAGGCCCCAGGUGUUUGGGAAUAACGAGGGCAAGACGCAGAAAACUUACUUCAGCCAGCAAGACGCGCUUCUGGUUAGCCCGCCAUAUGUCGCAACAGGUGGCCGCUCUCCGGCGGCGGCAGCAGGAGGGAUCGGUGGCGGCGACUGGCUCGUCCUUCUCCGGGGCCGCCCAGGGAUCCAGUUUCAGAUCUUCCUCCCAGCGAAGUCCUACCAGGGCCCACAAGACAGGUGGAUCGGGCCCCAGGCCUCUCACAGCUCCAUCUCUCCGGCCCCCGGCACUGAUCCCGCCUCCAGGAUGCGUGCUGGCGAGCUGGUGAGGCACUCCAAGCUGAAUUCAGAACACAUCCCGGAGCCGACGCAGAAUAUACGCAACAUCAUCAAACAGUACCAGCAGCCCGUCCGGGUCCCAGAGCCCAUCAGGAGGGAAGGUGGGAAGGUUUUUGUGAAGAAGACAGACCCUCACGAAGAAGCCCUGAUGAUCUUGAAGAAACAGAUUUCAGGAACACCAGAACCUCCUCAGGCGGCUCCGGAGACAAUAGCCUUUGUGAAGCCCGUGACCAGUGCCAACGUUAAGACGGUUGUGCCACCCACCAUUCGCCCGCCGCGUGGGCUGGAACCUCCCAAGCGGGCCACACAGACACAGCUUCACCGCCGGGUCAGCAGCGAGUUCUACGCUUACCGCAACGUCUCCUGGAAAAUCUACCUUCGCAAAGAGGUUUUCUACCCCAAGGACACCAUCAAUAACCCUCUUCUGCUGGAUCUCAUUUUCCGGCAGAUCUUCAAUGAUACGAUGUCUGAGGCCUGCAUCCGCAUUACCCAGUCAGAGAGGAUGCGUAUGAAAGCUCUCUUUGCCGAAAACAAGCUCGAUUCCUUCAGCCCGGUGGCCGACGAAAGCGUCAAGAAGGAGAUCGUCAACGUCGCCCGGGACGGGUGGGAAGUGUAUUUUUCCCGCCUUUUCCCAGCUACGGGCAGCGUUGGCACCGGAGUGCAGAUCUUGGCAGUGUCCCAUACAGGGAUUAAACUUCUGAGGCUCGUCAAGGGCACCAACUUGCCUGGGGAGCAGUUGCGGGUGCUGCGGGGCUAUGGCUACAGCGAUAUCCUCUUCGUGACCAUCCCCUCCAGGAACAUGUUGGAGUUCAACCUCACCCACGAGAAGCUGCUGCUCUUUUCCCCCAAAGCUCCUCAGGUGAAGGCCAUGGUGGACUACUUCAUCACCGAGCUCAAGAAGGAUUCCCAGUAUGUGGUGGCUAUCAAGAACUACGUUACCAAUGACAAGACCCUCUUGAGUUUCCACAAAGGAGAUAUCAUCUGCCUCCGGCCGAUGGAAGGCUUGGGAAAAGACCGCUAUUACGGCUGCGUGGUGCGCAAGAAAGUGAUGCUGCUUGAGGAUGUGAAGAAGGGGACUCUGGAUUUUGGUUGGAAAUUUGGGGCCAUCUACGGGAAGUCUGGCUUCUUCCCUGCCGACUGCGUCCAGCCGGCAGCGGCCCCGGACUUCAUCCACCUGCCGAUGGAGAAGAAGGACGAGCCGCAGGACAAACAAGGGAAAGUGGCUGUCUCGGCCUCGGUGGCCGUGGCCGUGGCCUCGGCAGCUGUGGCUCAGGAACUUGAUAAGAAGGUGGAGGUCUCUCCUGGCAGCGAAUACACCGAAGACUUUGAGGGAGCCCCUACCGGCAGCCCGCAAGGCGGCUCCUACACCAUGCUGGAGUUCGCCAAGAAGUAUUUUCGAGAAGGUCAGAGGGCAAAGAUGGACCCCAGCAAGCUAAAAUCCAAGAAAGGCAUUGAAUCGAAGAGUGUGGAAGAUAUCCUGAAAUUCACCAAGUCCCCCAUCCAAGAGUCGCUCAUUGAGUUCACAGACAGCAGCCUGAACAAAGUUGCGGCGGAGACCUUCCAAGCUGUGAUGAAGUUCAUGGGUGACCUUCCGCUCAAGGGCCAAACAGAGCUCGAGGUGGUCUGCUGUCUUCUGAAGCUUUGCGGAGAAUACGAGGUGAUCCGAGACGAGGUUUAUUGCCAGAUCAUGAAGCAGAUCACGGACAACUCCAGCACCAAGACGGAUAGCUGCCAGAAAGGGUGGAGGUUGCUCUACAUCCUGAGUGCUUAUUACAGAUGCUCUGAGGUCCUCAAACCUUACCUUCUGUGGUUCCUUCAGGACGUCUGCAACAAUCCUGCUUUGUAUUUUCAAGGCAUCGCCAAGACCUGUGAACAGAACCUGCGGAAGACCUUCCAGUUUGGGGGCAGGUGUGAAUUCCCUGGUAACAUGGAGCUGAAAGCCAUGGUGGCUGGAAGGAGCUCGAAGCGCCAGCUGGUCCUCUUGCCAGGGGGGAUUGAGAAGCACCUGAAGAUCAAAACAUGUUCGGUUGCCCUGGACGUGAUAGAGGAGAUCUGCUACGAAAUGGGACUCAAUCGGCCCGAAGCCUUCAACGAAUAUAUCAUCUUUGCGGUUACCAGUCAAAACCAGAACGUCCGGCCUUUGAACAAGAAGGAAUACAUCCUCGAUGUGGUCAUGGAAAUGGAACAAGUGGAUAGCAACUACAUGUUCUGGUACCGGCGGGUCAUCUGGAGCCAGCCGCUGAAAUUUGACAACGAGUUGUAUGUAACCAUGCACUUCAACCAGGUGCUCCCGGACUACCUCAAAGGGCUCUUCAACACCCUCCCUUCCGUGAAGCCAACUGAGCAACAGUUCCAGCAGAUCUCCAAGCUGGCCGCUCUUCAGCACCGGGCCAAAGACAGCGUAUACCUGCCUACCUUACGGGAGGUCCAGGAUUACAUCCCUCCUCAGCUCUAUCACCUCCUGGAGGCCCAGACAUGGCUGGACUUGACCUCACAACACAUACAACAGACGCUGGCACUGAGUGCCCACCAAGCUCGGGCGCAGUUCCUAGGUCUGCUGAGCGCCUUCCCCAUGUUUGGUUCGUCUUUCUUCUACAUCCAGAGCUGCAGCAACAACACCAUUGUCUCCCCGUGCAUCUUGGCCGUGAACCAGAAUGGACUCAACUUCCUGAACAAAGAAACCCACGAACCGGUUGCGACCUUCUCGUUGAAGGAGAUCCAGUCGACACGCACCCAGCGACCCUCGGCCGGAUCCGGCUACCCCUAUGUCGAGAUCAUGCUGGGUGACUUGGUGUCACAAAAAGUCACCCAGCUACAACUGGAGCAGGGAUUGGAACUUUGCCGAGUGAUUGCGACGCACAUGGAGAACUUGUUAUACGCACGAGAGAAGAGGCUCACGCUGCCGCCGAGCGAGAUCACGCUGUUGUGA